UACCACUACAGUACACCACAGUAUGGAGUACUCCAACUUGCAUUAACGGCCAUUAACGGUCUGCCCCAGACACUCAACUCACUAGACUACCCCAGUCCCAGUUAAGUCAUAUCAUGCUAUUUCUUGACAUAACUGCUUUCCAUGCCGAGCUGUGGUCUUCUCCUCAGUCUCACUGGCUGACAUCUCUCCUCAUCGUCAAUCUCCUCCUCAAUAUCACCCUCCGGGUCCCAAUAUACAGCCCAUUUCCCUUCCUCGUCCCGCACCGCCACAAAGGAAUCAUGAUCUCCCUGGAGCGUCAGGAAGCGCUCAUCUGCUGUCCAGCCCCAGGGUCCUAUGACGUGCCCGAUGGUGUCCUUCUUCCCCCCAAAGGUCACCAUGUGCGUGUCCUUGUCCACGAAUAUCCAGUUCAGCGCUGGGGGGUCGUCGGAUACCAUGCUCACCAGCCCCAGGUGCCCUUCCUCGCUGGGAUACUUGAAAUACCAGCCUAGAAAUCUGUAGCCUUGCACGGGGGCAUCGGAGAGGUUGAGAUACAUCUAAUGUUUGUGUAAGUAUGUGCCUUGUGAGAGAGGAAGGGAACUCACCUUCUUGUCCACGAGAACUCCUUGGCCAACCUCUUCUAUCUUUCCAUUCUGCUGUAGCAUGAAUGUGAGGUGGAACUUUUCUUGUUCCUUGCUCAUGCUCUCAUUCUGUCUCUUCUGUGCACUCACGGCGUUACCCACGCCUGUAACGGUCGGGAUAGCCGUGAUGGCAAGUAAUCCGAUAACCAUGUUUUCCUGAUCUGUUCUCUUGGACUUGUUUUUUUUUUUUUUUUUUUUUUUUUGCCGCGUAUCGUAUUGUGAAAGGGUAUGUUUGACAGCAGCAAGACUCUCUCACCUUCACUGCAUGACGUCCAGUCCACUUUGUAGGAUCUUGACCCAUACUUUUCCCAACACCAGCCACACGCAUAUAAUCAUGAUCCCUGCAACCUUCUACACUCCCACCCCGAUCACGCGAAGCUAGGGGGAGGGGGGUAACGUCAUAUGGCCAGGAUUGGGAUGCCAUUUUUUACGUCACUUUGACCUGUCACGCAGAAAUUCGUUUCCAAUCCCAUCGCAACGAUAGAAACCGGUUCUUCAAGGGUUCGAGGUCGGGAUACAAUGACACUUAUUGCGUCAGUCAAGCAUCUUCAACAGGUUUCGGACUCGACACGUAUUAAUCUCAAAAACCAUGCUUGGAACUUUAGUAUAGAAAAACUUCAACUUAAUUAUUACAUGUCAGCAGCAAGCAAAUAAGCCAUUGUUUUUUUGAAGCCCAUUGUUCAUUCAGCGAACUAAAUACCAGCAUACACAACCAUGUCUUCUCCAUCUCAGCAGGACUCGCAGAAGCGAGACGAAUCUCAGGCUCCUCAGUCUCCUGGCCAAGGCCAGAACCAGCAGGAGCAGGGCAACGACAGCAACCCUUUCAACCAGAACCAGAACGAGGGCCAGCAAGAGGAGCAGAACCAGAACCAGGGCCAGGGACAAGAGGCUCAACAGCAACAGCCAGGUCAAGAGUCUGAGUCCAAGCCCGAAGAUGCUAAGGACGAGUCUAAGCCCGACACCGAGAAUGCAAAGGCUGAGACGCCUGGCGAUAAGGAGGAUAAGCCUGAGCAACCUGGUCAGGCCAGGCCCGAGGAGCCCAAGGCUGAAGAGUCAAAGCCAGAGGAAUCUAAGCCCGAGGACUCAAAGCCUGAAGAGGCCAAGGCAGACGACAAGCCCGAGGAAGUAAAGAAAGAGGAGGAUGAAGCCGAAUCUAAGCCAGAGCAAGCAAAGUCCGAGACCCAAAAGACCGCCCAAGAGGCCAAGCCCAAGCAGAAGCGCCAGCCCGUCAAGGAAGAAAGCGAGGACGAGGACGACUCUGAAGACGACGACGAUGACUUUGACUCUGAAGAUGAUUCCGAAGAAGACUCCGAGGAAGAUUCCGAAGACGACGAGUCAGAGUCUGAGUCCGAAGAGGAGAACGAGCCCGCUACACCUCCCCAACAGGCUGAGCCGGGCCGCAAGGGCGGAAGACGUGGAAACGCAAAGGCCGCCGAUGUAAGACGUCGACGCCCCGCAUGGCUCGACGAAGAAUCUGACGAUGAGGGCCGCAAACAGUUUUCGAGGCAAGACCAGCAGUUGCAGCAGCAGCGUCAACAGCAGCAAAUGCAACAGCAGCAGCAACAACAACAACAACAGCAACAGAUGCAACAGAUGCAACAGCAGCAGCAGCAGCAGCAGGGAGGCGGCGGUAAGAGCGACGCCCUCAGUCUGCAUCUCGAGCUUAACCUCGAGAUCGAAAUCGAGCUCAAGGCUAGAAUCCACGGUGAUCUCACACUGGCACUACUGUAAGUUUGACUUAUACCCCCCAUGCUGCGGACCCUUUCUAUCUUUUGUCCGCCUUUCUCAUCUGACAAGUGCAUAGCCAAUAGUGACAUGUAAUUUUGCAGGGAAGGAGCAUAAGUAUAAAAACUCUAAGAAUGCUAUUAUUAAUUCGGAGACGACGACGACGACGACGAACGACGAACGAUGUUUUUCUCACGUCUUAUAUCUAGCGGCGUUUUGGGACAUGAAGUUUACGACUUCGUUCAUUUUUGUUUAUAUGUACUCUGUAUAGUAGGAGUAAAUAAAGAGUUGAAUUUGGGUUUAUCUUGUUACAUGUUUCUCAGAAUUAUGUGAUACGUGACACUCGCGGGUGAGGACAUGAUCCGGUUCUACAGAUCACAUCUCAGUAAUCGCUGUCAAUAGUUGUAGUCGGUAAUACGUAGUUCAUGUCUCGGUUAUAAGCCACAAGCUAAAUUCUUAGAUCGAUCGUGAUAAGAUCUCAACGGUUUUUUUGUCGAUAGUGUCGUUGCAAGCGGGAGAUCUACCGCAAGCGAUGAUGUCGAUGAGGCUGAGGCUGGUGAUGAGGCUCGGGUCGUGGUCUGUGGCACACACGGGAACGGAUCCAAGCUUUUGGGUCGGGUUCGUGCUUUUUGAAGUGAACCAACGGAUCUCGUGAUGGAGUGAUAAGAUCGUCGUUAUCAUAUGGUGACACUCGUACGAGAGGUCAUCUCGGGGCCGGGUGAUUUAGGGUAACUAACUGACGUGACGUGAUGUAUGAUCUUGAGAUGCAAAUACGGAAUCAGUGAUCUAAUGGAAUAAGGUGUUGGAUUGAGUGAUUUUAUUG